AUGCCGAAUCAAGAGUAUAUGGACAAGAUGCAGCACCGACAGAGCUAUCGUAACCUAUGGCACACCGAUCUGAUGCGCACAAUGCAAAACGAUCCUCCCUAUUGUUGCUUGUCGUUUUGGUGUGGACCCUGUGUAUCAUAUAUGCUACGCAGACGAGCUCUUUACAAUGACAUGUCCAGGUAUACCUGUUGUGCUGGUUAUAUGCCCUGCAGUGGGCGGUGUGGAGAAAGUCGUUGCCCCGAAUUUUGCCUUGCUACAGAGGUCUUCUUGUGCUUUGGGAAUUCAGUUGCCUCAACCCGAUUUUUGUUGCAAGAUGAAUUCAACAUACAGACAACACAAUGCGACAAUUGUAUCAUUGGAUUCAUGUUCUGCCUACAACAAGUUGCUUGCAUUUUUUCCAUUGUCGCAAUGAUUGUUGGAAGUGAUGAAAUUUCAGAGGCUUCUCAGAUACUGUCUUGCUUAGCUGACAUUGUCUAUUGCACGGUUUGUGCUUGUAUGCAGACACAACACAAGAUCGAAAUGGACAAACGGGAUGGUAAAUUUGGACAACCAAUGGCAGUACCUCCAGCCCAGCAAAUGUCACGCCUUGAUCAGCCAUAUCCUCCCACCGCUGGAUAUCCUCCGACCGCUGGAUAUCCUCCACCUGCAUACGGGCAAUCUUAUUAUCCACCAAAUCCACAGGCUCAAGGUUAUCCUCCUCAAGCUUCGGGGUACCCUCCUGCUGGCUACCCUCCUGCUGGUUACCCUCAGAAGUGA